UUUGUUGGAUAAAAACAUGAUCCACCCAAACAAACCAGAUAAAAGAGAAACCAAAGAACUCACUAAGUAGCGUCCAAACAGAGCCUUUCACCCAAGCGGAAGCUUAAGAUACAGAUAUGACUAUAUGAGAUAACCUUCCGUACCUUUAUAUACUCAGUAAUACACUCGAGUGUACUCUAUAACAACCCACCCUUUAAAGUCUCUUCAGAUAUCUAAUACCAAAUGUACUCUAAAGAUACGUUUCAGACAUCAACAGAAGAAGAAACCCAAGUGCAUGUCAACGUUUGGAGAGACAGAGAAAGUGAAAGAGAGAGUAAUGUUAUGUGUAUAACAGUUCAUACAGUUGCAGAAAUGUCAGUCGGCUUCGAUUGGCACGAGAAAGAGUGUUAGCUAAAGCGUACUUUUCAACUUUGCUUUCUCCGGCCACCGUGAAAAAUGUCGCCGGUGGCGAGAACAAAGAGCUCGAAUGUGGUGGAGGGUAAGAAUUAUCCUGCUCCACUUGCUUCCCAUGAAGAUGUUGUCAAAGACCCUACUGUCUUCUGGGACACUCUCAGGCGCUUCCAUUUUAUGAUGACAACCAAAUUUAUGAUUCCUGUGAUUGGUGGGAAGGAGCUAGAUUUGCAUAUUCUUUAUGUAGAGGUUACAAAGAGGGGUGGCUAUGAGAAGGUUGUUGCGGAGAAGAAAUGGAGAGAAGUGGGUAAUAUUUUCAGGUUCUCUGCAACAACAACAAGCGCUUCUUUUGUAUUGAGGAAACACUACUUUAGUCUUCUUUACCAUUAUGAACAAGUUUACUUCUUUAAGCUACAAGGUCCAGUGUUUACUCCAACAGUUUCUUUUCCUGCUAGCAACCCUUCGUGGAGACCUGAAUUGGCUCUAGUAGAAUAUUCCCCCAAAAAAACUAAUGAUCAUCCAGAAGGUCCAGAACCACUUAAUGAAGGCACUUCAUGCUUCUCAGCUAUUGGAACAAUUGAAGGAAAAUGCGAUUGUGGUUACUUGGUGUCUGUGAAAUUGGGCUCUGAGAUUCUUAAAGGAGUACUUUAUCAUCCGGAGCAGCCAGAUUCUUCUACCUCAAUUCCAGACUCUAACAGUGCCAUUGUACCAUACACCUCCAAACGUCGCCAUUCUGGUCAGAGGAGGAGAAGAAGUAGAAGAAGGGGAGACCCCAAUUAUCCAAAACCCAAUAGGAGUGGCUAUAACUUUUUCUUUGCCGAGAAGCAUUACAAGCUCAAGUCUUUGUACCCAAACAGAGAAAGGGAGUUCACAAAGAUGAUUGGCGAGUCAUGGAGCAACCUCAGCGCUGAAGAAAGGAUGGUUUACCAGAACAUUGGGUUGAAAGACAAAGAACGAUAUAAGAGAGAAUUGAAAGAGUACAAAGAGAAAAUGAUCAGUCAGACCAUGGAACUUGGAAGUUGAGACAGCUGACUAUUAUAAGGGAUCAAGAAUUGUGGAAAGGCAGCAAAAGCAAAAGAAUUUUAACUCAACUUUUUAAGUUGUACCAUAUUUACAUACAUAUGUGGUAGACUGUUAGGCAAUUGCAAUUCUUGCAUUGCAUGCAUAUUGAUGUUUUGACAGGUGUUCUAAUUCUUAGUAUUUUAGCUUUGAUACUAAGCGGCUGAUUACUAUUAAGCUCCUCACUCACUCUAGUAGUUUUUGAGGGGAAAGGUUUAUAGAAAAUUAAUCAUAGUCUAGACUCUAGAAAACAGACUUGUUUUCCUUAAAGUGAGUACAUUUUCUGUUAUUUGGUUUGCAAGAACUCGAGCAAGUAAAUGCCCUUAAGUUGUUUCACAA